AUGCGACGUGCAACAGCACCUGGAACCUGCGCCAGCUGCGGCAGCAGUACAAAAAUCCACACUGGGGCACCACAGCUGCUGAAUCCAUGCUACUGUCUGAGUGAUGAGUCCGACAGGGAUGAGGGCAAUUCGGUGCGGAUGAUGAAGGCGAAGAAGGUCAACUGGGGCGGAGCGACGACGACGAAUGCGGGUGGGAAAGUGACAUCGGUCAAUCCAGGGUUGGCGGCUGAGUCGAGCGAAAACAGCAACACAAGCUGUAUGAGCUCCAACACAAGCUUAAUUCCGCACUCGUUCUCCGUGGGGGAGAUCUGGAAGAUCCACACCAACCUUAAGUCGUCCAAUCUACCUCAACGAUUUCCGGCAGCAAAAGGCAGCAGCAGGAAAACGCUGAUCGCGUGGAACUCGCACAUCACCGACUCCCUGCCCGCCGCCAAAUACAGCUUCCAGACCACGCACGGUCUCGUCCAGACGCAUCCGUCCUUUGGAAAGACCGGCCCAUCAGCCCUCCCACUAACCGUGGGACCACGAGCAAGCAGCAGUCCCCAGUUGGCCAGCGGGAUCCCAUCUAUCGCCAACCCGAACUCCCGGUCACCGUUCCGUCAGCCGUACUUUAGCACCAGUGAUACACCGAACUCCGCCGCAAUCCCAGCUUGUGCACCCGGACGAGUGUGUCCGAGCAGGCCGCGAAGGAAAACCACCGAGGAUCGGCUACUAUCAAUUUACCGUCGAGGACUACACCGUGCUGGAAGCUGCAGGCAGGCCGAGGAGGUCGGUCGGAGCGAUCAAAGCGAUUUGAUUCCAAGCUGGUGGACACGUACUUCGAUGAUGUUGGUGGAAUGGCCAAAAUUUUGCGCGAGUUUUUGCUGCACGUGAAGCACCCGGAGUGCCGCCUCCGCGUGGAUUUGUGCUCGGGGCAGACGUUGCUUUCGCACGCUAUCGCUGGUCAGCUUAAGAUUGGACUGGCCACAAAGUUGGUCGCGGAGGUUUCCAGCGAGUUGUAGCCAGGCAUCCGGGAGGUGUUCAAGCAGGCA